CCUCUGCAUCCUCCAAAUCCAAGUAGAAGGUGAAGUCGUCCGUCCCGUCAGCUCUCUGUCCUUCCCGGUGUCCUCAGCCACGGUCAUGUCGGUGUACAGUGAAGUUCCUCAGGCAGACCCAGUGGCUGUCUUCAAGCUUACUCAGGACUUUAACAACGACUCGUUCCCCCAGAAGGUGAACCUCGGAGUCGGAGCCUACAGGACGGAUGACAGCAAACCAUGGGUGCUUCCGGUGGUGAAGAAGGUAGAGAAGAUAAUAGUUCAGGAUGACUCCCUGAACCAUGAAUAUCUGCCCAUCCUUGGCCUGCCUGAGUUCCGAUCCUCAGCUUCCAAGAUCGCUCUGGGAGAUGACAGCCCUGCAAUUAGGGAAAACCGGGUUGGUGCUGUUCAGUGUCUAGGUGGGACGGGUGCUCUGAAGAUGGGGGCGGAAUUCCUGCGACGCUUUUAUAAUGGCACUAACAACACAAAGACCCCUGUCUAUGUCUCAGCACCUACCUGGGAAAAUCACAAUGCUGUUUUUGCCAAUGCUGGAUUCGAGGAUGUCCGUCCCUAUAAAUAUUGGGAUGCACAGAAGCGGGGCCUUGAUCUGACUGGUUUUCUUGGAGACCUGGAGAGUUGUCCAGAACACUCAAUUUUCGUCCUGCAUGCGUGCGCCCACAAUCCAACUGGCACCGACCCGACACAGGACCAGUGGAAGCAGAUCGCUGAAAUCAUGAUGAGAAGGAAGCUCUUUGUCUUCUUCGACUCAGCAUAUCAGGGGUUUGCCUCCGGCAGUCUUGAUAAAGAUGCAUGGGCAGUCCGAUACUUCGUCUCCCUGGGCUUCGAGAUGUUCUGUGCCCAGUCGUUCUCCAAGAACUUUGGCCUUUACAAUGAGCGUGUGGGAAACCUGACCAUUGUCGCUCGUGAUGCCGACAACCUGAAGCGAGUUUUGUCCCAGAUGGAGAAGAUUGUCAGGACAACUUGGUCCAACCCUCCAUCUCAGGGAGCUCGCAUUGUUGCCGUCACCCUCAAUUCACCGGAACUGUUUGCAGAAUGGAAGGACAACGUGAAGACGAUGGCUGACAGAGUCUUGUUGAUGAGAGCUGAGCUGAAGGCGAAGUUGCAGGCUCUGGGGACACCAGGCACAUGGGAGCACAUCACAGAGCAAAUUGGCAUGUUCAGCUUCACAGGCCUUAAUCCUAAACAAGUGGAAUACAUGGUGAAGGAAAAACACAUCUACCUGAUGGCCAGCGGUCGAAUCAACAUGUGCGGUUUGACCACCAAGAACAUCAACUAUGUGGCCGAGUCCAUCCAUGAGGCUGUCACUAACGUCUAGUAGAACAUUCACAGCACCUUAUCACUUCCUUUUCUUCAGUCCCCAGAUUUUAUUUUUUAUCUUACAAGAGAAGUCAGCUGCAGUUAAUACAAUGCUACUCACCUUUGGAACACAUACGGUGCUUCGUCUUUAAAACUGGUUGACAAAUCAUCUCCAUAUACGUUUUCAAUCCAUUCAUAUGGUACUGUCCAAGAUGUGUUACACAUUUCACUUAAUAGUAGCUGUACAAAUGGUAAUUUAGAUGUUCCUUUACUUGAAACAAGAGACAUAAGUAUUACAUUUGUUGUGUGGCUUAAUUUGUGCAAAAGUAAUUUAUGAAUCAUAAUAUUAAUGUUCCUAACUAACUGUCUCACCUUGAAUCAACCCUCUUAGUGAGCAGAAAGAUCACUGAAUUGAAAAUUUGAGGAAACACUGUAUGUGGAGUUUGUGCAGUUGAUUGAGUUUGUUGAUAGUGUGUGUUUGCAGUUAUGCAAUGGACCCUCCGGUCUGCCAACCAAUGAUUUACCAUCCUACCGCUGCACAGUCAAUAACCCCGUAGUGCUGUCACAUGUAUCAAGAGACGUAUUAAGAGUAAUAAAUUAUUAAGGAGUGUGAUGAAAUGGUGUGUUUUUAAGGUGCUUCGGCAUCAGAGUUUGUUGCAUUAAAGAUGAACGCGUGUUUUCACAGGCAUGUCAGCUUGGAGGAAACUAUGGAACUGUUACGAUCAGAUGAAGAGCUUGUUAGUGGAAGCUGACUCACCCAGAAAAAAGAUCAGGUUAGACAGUAUCAGUAUUUGAAGUUAAAACAAGGAGUCUUUCAAGUUAUUACCAUCUUUUAUUAUUGACUUACAAGUGGAACAAAUGUAACUCUUCAUUCCCAGUGUUGUAAUUGAUGAUCAUUGUUAUUAUUCCAGAAUAAUUUCUUGUGGAAUUCAGUGCAAUCCAGAGAAAGGGGUACGGAGAGGUCAUCGUGGGCGACACUGUGCUAUAUCCAUGACCUUAGCCGACGGAACAUAUUUAUCACUGGAGGUCUGAAAACAAGUGGCUUGACGUCAUGUUGCGUCACGCUGUGAUUUCCUCACAUCGGUCAGGUUUCAAAGGUGAUUCAGACUUGAAAGGUAAAUAGCUUUGUGAUUGUCGUUCACUUGCGCAAGUCUUAAUGUCGUUUCUUUUAACAGCGUAU